CACAGCGAAACGAGCUUAACCAGAUGGUGAGCUAUGGCUGAAUCAGUCAAUGAGUGCCACUGCUCCCAGCGAGACGCUCCAGAGCGUCUAAAUUCGAGUGUUUGGCUAACACUUGUCGAGGCGGAAAGAUCGCGAGCGGGCCGCGCGAGUUAUAAAACACCGAUUUAAAGUGCAUUCUCCCACGUGUCUGGCGGCACUUCAGAUAAAAAAAAAACAUCACAAUGACCAGCCAGAAGGAGGGCAACGGCAGCUCCGUGAGCAAUGGCAAAACCAAUGGACACUCAGAUGGAGAUGAGGACAACUCGCUGGACGCCAUUCUGGUGCGGAUCGGGCAGUUCGGCCGCUAUCAGAUCAUAAACUACGUGCUGCUGUGCGUGCCCAUGCUCUUCAACGCCUUCUUCUCCAUCUCCUAUGUGUUCUCGGCGAGCACAGUGGUGCACAGGUGUAACGUGCCGCAGUGCGACAGUGGCAGCAGUGGUUACGUGGAGAGCUGGCUGAACUUCACCAUCCCCUACAAGAACUCCUGGGAUGCCUGUCACCGAUUCGCUGUCAACGAGACUGAGAUCUCGGGAGCUGCCCCCUCCGGAGACUUCUGCGCCGAGGAGUACUUUAGCAACAGAACGGAGAGCUGCGGACACGACUUCAAGUUCAGAGACGAGGAGAAGACUAUAUCAACGGAGUUCGGCAUAUAUUGUGAGGACGAAUGGAAGCUAUCGAUGGUGGGAACAGUCAACAAUAUAGGACAGUUCGUGGGCAUACCCCUUGGAGGAUACUUUGCGGAUCGGUUCGGACGACGCACCAUGCUGGCCGUGGCCGGAUCCUUGAGCGCGCUGAUGGGCGUGAUCCGCUCGCUGUCGAGCAAUUACCCCAUGUUUCUGGCGUUCGAGUUCCUGGACAUGGCCGUGGGCAGCACCCUCUUCCCCACCGCCUUCCUGCUGGCCAUCGAGCUGGUGGGUCCCAAGCGGCGCGUGGCGGCGGCCACGAUCAUUACGAUCUUCUAUGCGCUGGGCGAGGCCUUCCUGGGAUUCCUGGCCUCCCAGGUGCAGCACUGGCGCUGGCUGCUCCGUGUCCUCUACGCCCCGGCCAUUCUGCAGAUCCUGUUCCUUUGGAUCCUGCCGGAGAGCGUGCGCUGGCUGCUCAGCCAGGGAGCCGAGGAGCGGGCCGCCGCCGUGCUGCGCCGGGCGGCACGGAUCAACAAGCGCACGCUACCAGAGGAGCAGGUGGAGGAGCUGCUGGCCACCAACCGGCAGAAGCUGAGCCAGGCCAACGAGAGCCAGUACCCAAUUAUGCGCGCCGUGCGUUUCUUCUCGCUGCGGAUCGCCAACUGCUGCCUCUGCUGGUUCACCCACACGCUCAUCGCCCUGGGACUCAGCCUGAACUCGGUCAACCUGGGCGGCAGCAAGUACACCAACUUCAUGCUGAACGGCUUCAUCCAGAUCCCGGGCCUGCUGCUGCCCCUGGUCAUCAUGGACCGCGUGGGCAGGCGCUACUCCCUGUGCGCCUCGAUGCUGCUCUGUGCCAUCUGCAUGGGCGCCUCCGCGGGAGUGGCAGCUGACAACUACGCGGGUUCCCUCACACUGUUCCUCAUCGGCAAGCUGGCCAUCACCUGCAGCUUCCAGAUCCUGUACUUCUUCACGUCGGAGAUCUUUCCCACCAACGUGCGGAACAGCCUGCUGUCCCUCUGCUCCAUGGUGGGACGCAUCGGCUCCAUGUUGGCCCCCCAAACUCCGCUGCUGGCCAAGUACUACAUCUACGCCCCGCAGAUACUGUUCGCCACCUUCGCUCUGAUCAGCGGCUUCCUGACCUUGGCUUUCCCCGAGACGGCGGACAAGGUGCUGCCCACGACCAUGGAGGAGGCACGCGACUUGAACCUGGCCAAGCGACGGGGUCAGGGGGUCGCGGAGGAGGAGCUGGGGGAGGGACCCAAUGGCUCCCAAUAAUGAUCUGCAACUGGGAACUGAAAAGAGGCUAAACGCAGCCAGAUACGUCUUAGCUUAAGUGAGAGCCAAUGCAUUUGUUGAUUUUUUAAUGUGUUUUUUAGUUAGUUAAGGUUUGUCCGUACGAAACCGAUUUGGUCGCACAACUCGUCAAUUUUUAUUUGUUGCCUUUUUAGCUCCUUUUAAUAUUGUAUAAGUUAGAAAAUGUCUGUAAAUGUCAUUAUUUAUUUUUUAUGUUAGCAUAUUGGUGAUCAAAUCGGUCCGCUAAUGGCAGGGAAAAAAUCAAGCUUUGCCAUGAAAUAA